AUGACGACCAAGUCAGCUCUUGCAGAACCGUCUUCCAAAUCGCGCAAUGACCCGUCCAACUCUGGUCCAACCCGCAAACAGCACCACGUCUCGUUCAAGGAAGACUCAGAUCCUCCCGUGCAGAUUGCAAAGCCACGCGGUCGUAAUCAACGAGGCUCCAACUCAGCGUCUCGCGCCGACGACUCUGAAGCUAGAGACAAAGCAUCUGAGCAUGGAAGCUCGAGGCAGACCAACUCACGCGCCUCUUCUCGUCAAAGCCGCCGCGACGCGAGUGAAGGCGAGUCGUCCACGGCAGUGACACGCGAUAGUGCGCCAAGUUCCUCUUCGCGCCAACGUGGCUCUCGCCAGCGCUCUGACAAGCGUUCCGAGCGCUCACAACGUACUCAGAAUGAGUCUGUCAACAGGGCGAACGAUGCUGGAGACUCUCGCGCCCCGCCAUCCGCGAGGUCGGCAGCAUCCACUUCUCCGUCCAAGAAGGAUGGCAAGUCCAAGGACGGGAGCAGCUCGGGAAAACGCAGCAGGCAGCAAUCUGCACAAGGCAUCCUUUCUGACAUCCGUGGUCAAGAUGCCUCCCGGUCGGAGGCGGGAACACGUUCUCUCCACUCAGCGUCCAGCCGCCGAGAUCGCUUCUCGCGCUCCCAGGAUGCCAGGAGCACACCCGGUGACGAUCGUCAACUCUUCGACCCGAGGCGCGACGAUCCAGUCAAGUUCGCAUCUCAGCAAAGAAGCCAAGGUGAUGCACGCUCUGCAUCCGGGCCCGCAUCUGCCGCUCCUUCCCCUCGUCUCUCCUCGGCGCCCUCGUUCCAACCUCAGAUCUUGAUGCGAAGGGACCCUUCCAAUACCUCGAGCGGAAGCCAUCUUGGUCGCAGCCCAAUCAUCAAGCCGUCCAUCUCUGAUAUCGCUUUCACCUCCGCCGUGGACCUCGCCGAUCCCAGGACACUUCAGGCACAUCUCAUGGAGAUCAAGAAAGCAUACCGAUCCAUCGUUUCCAUCGAAACUACCUUGCAACAAGCACAUCAGGCCGAGAUGGACAGAGCACGCCUCAACAUGGCCGACUAUACGCCACCGGACCUGCGCGAUCGAUCUCACUCUGUCUCCCUGAUCAGUCAACAUCGUCAGCUGGCAGAGUUGCACUCUUCUUUCCUUGAGAUGACGUGUCGGCCCGAGUUGCCUCGCGACGUUCAAGAGUACGCCGAAGUCCGCAAUUUGCCAUCCCGCUUAUGGCAGACCGCCUUCCACCUCAUGCUCGAGAGUCUGCGCACCAGCCUCUCUUCUAAUCAUCACCUGCAGACCAAUGAACGCAGAGCAGAGAUCCUGGACCAUCUCACCGAGUUCAUCUACUAUGCCUACUCAUUCUACUCGGCCUUGCUCGAAUCCGAACGGUACAAAGGCUUCCGAAGAGCAUGGCUCGAGAGUCUUGGCGACCUCUCUCGAUAUCGCAUGGCAGUCGCCGGUCUGGCCAACAGUAUGGCUGCCGAGGGCAGAGCUGAUGAGACCCCUUCCAAGCAGGCGGACAGUCACCAGGUGGCCUCCUUCGAGGCUGCUCGCAUAGACGAUGACAUCGAUGAGGACGACAGCACGUCAGAAGACGACAACGAUGCGGAUGGAGACGACGAGGGAUUCGGCUCGGCGCAACAUCGCGCUCAGACGCGCGACGAGAAAGGCGCUCCCCCUCGCUCCAAGUCUCUCGCCGACCCUGGACGGGAAGCACCAGCCGCACACGAGAACGACAAAGCCAGCAUCGGGACUGCUGCCCUCGGCGAUUGGGAUACGACCGAGAAGGAGACCUGGCGCCAGACGGCGAAAGGCUGGUACGCUAUGGGAAUCGCUGAGACGCCGAGCACUGGAAGGCUUCACCACCACCUCGGUGUGCUCAGUCGAGGCGACGACGAUCUCAGAGCUGUGUAUCAUCUCACCAAGAGUCUCAUCGCCGCCAAGCCGUUUAGUCCAGCAAGAGACAGCAUCCUGCCGCUCUUCAAUCAAGAGCAACAAGCAAGUCGUCUGCAUCGCGAGAGCUCCGUCGAAGAGCUCUUCCUCUACCUGCACGGCAUUCUCAUCACUCGCGUCCAGCUCGACGACUUUGAGCCAGUCUUCGAUCGGUUGAUGGCAAAGCUCGCCAGACUCGUCGAAGAGCGCGGUCCGGCGGGCAUUCCGCAAUCCGUCUGGACCAUGAUGGCCUCCAUCAAUAUCGCCAGUCUCUUUCAGUACGGCGCUCAGGACUCGCUUCUUGCCAGCCUCCUGCUCGAGCAAGCCGGCAAGUCGGACGGAAGGUCCAACAGGACGCAGAAAGCUGCAGCGAGUACGCCGACGGCCAUCCUUGUCAGCUCGACUACGCCCAAGACGGACGACAACCUGCUGAGCGAGCUGCCAAGAGAGGCCGAAUGGGACGAUCCCAGCGACGACGAUUCCGAAGUCGGUGGAGAGGCACAAGUGAUUUCUCUCGAAGCCAAGAGCGGAUCCGACGAGCAGGAAGUGCCGGAUGAGCUUCCGAUCGUUCUCCAAAAGGCCGCCACGCUGUGCUUCAGCAUGCACUCGCUCACCUUUGACCUGUCGAGCGCCGAUGCGUCCCUCCGGUCCAAUCCCUACAACACGACCGUCAGCACCUUCCUCGUGUCUCUCUGCCAAUCCAAGAAGGCUUUCCGGAUGCUGGAACGCUUCAUUCCGUGGGAUCUCUGGUUGCGGCGCAUCGACCAGUCCCUCUCCCUGUUCGAACGCACAUGGCCUAAGUGUCUUUCCAGCUCUUUCAUCACGCCGCAACUGCUGCUGCCAGAAGACUUUUGCCUGCGAGGCAUUCUAGGCUUGUCUCGACACCUAUACGACCGGAAUCUCUGGCGAAAUGCAAUGAACGACGGCGGCCUGACGGCAGAACAAGCCUUCGACAACGAAGUCGAGGUGCUCGACGCCGACGACGCCGAGCUCUAUACGCGAACCGAAUCCGCUUGGCGGGCCGCAGCCUCACGACGGAAGGACAAGGCGUUUGCGUCUACGUCCCUGGACACUGUAAGGGACUAUCGCUUGGCUUUCGUCGCUCGCAAACUGGCCAAGGCGGCGCGAGGCUUUGAUCUCGACUCGAAGAGCUCAGCGUUGUCCCUUUCGAGGCUGCUGCUUGGUCGUCUAUCAAGGCAGAAGCUGCAGGAAGAGCAGCGACAACUUGAAGCACGUAUUCAAGAACUCCAAUUGCAGUCACCGGCGGCGGUUGCCUCUUCUGCCCACUACUCAGACGACGACGACGACUUUGACAGCGACUGGGACUCUCAUUCCGAUCACGAGGCGCCUGCCUCAGCGUCAGCGCAAGCGAUACUCUCGAACGCCGACGAUGCUGAUCCCAGCGACGAGAUCCGAGCUCUCCAUGCUCGCAGCUGCUUCCUCCGGUCGCUCCUGUGCAAACGACCCAACGCCGCUAAGUCGAGCACGAAACCUGACCGAUCGAACUCCAAGAAGGGCGCAUCGCCCAGCGUCUGUGAAGACCUUCUUCCAGGCUACACGACGCUCGUGGUGGACACCAACAUCCUCGUCAUCCCUGGCGACAUCAUUGCCAACCUCAUAGACACAAAGCGCUGGAUGGUCAUCGUCCCGCUCGCGGUCAUCACCGAGCUCGACGGUCUGCGACGCAACGACAGCGAUGUAGGCCGCGAGGCCGAGCGGGCGAUCCAGUUCCUCGAGUCGCACAUCAAGAGCCAUGCCAAAUGCUUCAAGGUCCAGACGAGCAGGGGGAACUAUCUGACGGAUCUGUCGUGCCGGUCGGAGGAUAUUGAUUUUACUUGGCAGGGUGGGGCGGAGGAUGGGGAGACGAGGUUGGAUGCCGGCGCAGGGGAGAAGUCCGUCGCUGCAAGGAACGUCGAUGAGGUGAUUUUGAGGCUGUUGGCUUGGCAGAGGGACCACUUUAUCGAUCGACGUGGCUUGCUGAUGGCUAGCAAGGAGGCGAGUGGUUCGGAGAAAGGCUCAGCGAAGUUGGCUUUGGCUCACAAGAGCGUGUUGCUCACGCUGGAUCGGAACCUUCGUCUCAAGGCUAAGAGUCGUAGCCUGGCCAGCAUGGAUGACAAGGGGGCUGCUUCUUUGCUCUCCCUUGCCGCUUUAUCGUAG